AUGUCAAGAUUCGAUCUCAAAGGACGAACGGCCCUGGUCACCGGAGGAGCGCGCGGCUGCGGUCUGUCAUUUGCUCAAGGACUAGCAGAAGGAGGCGCAGACGUAGCGAUUUUCGAUGUCAUCGAUCCAGCCCCGGAAUUCUACGAGAUCGAGAAGAAGUACGGCGUGAAAACGGCCUAUUACAAAGUCGAUGUGAGCUCCAAAGAUAGUCUAAAAGAAGGCUUCGAUAAAUUCAGCAAAGACUUCAAUAACGCUCUCGAUAUCUGCGUACCCUGUGCUGGAAUUAACCGACACAUCCCCUUCCUCGAGUUCACCUAUGAAACUCAUGAGGAACUACUUGGCGUUAACGUGAAGGGUGCGUAUUUCACAGCUCAGCUGGCAGCGAAGCAGAUGAUCGCCAAUGGCACCAAGCAUGGGAGUAUCGUGUUCGUCGCGAGUAUCGCUAGCUACAUGGCCAUCCGCAGCCAGCUGAGUAGUUCAUACUGCGCCAGUAAGGGAGCUGUGCGAGCGAUGGUUCCUGCUAUUGCUAAAGAGCUUGUUCCUUAUGGAAUCCGGGUGAACUCCGUAUCCCCAGGUUAUGUCCGAACAGAGAUGACUGCCUCGUUCCCACACCUCUUGGAAAGUUGGAAGGACGAGAUAAUGAACGGCCGUGUGGCAGAACCGGACGAUAUUCGCGGCGCCUGCAUCUUCCUUGCUAGCGAUGCAAGCUCGUACAUGACCGGCCAGGAUAUUCGUGUUGACGGUGGUGUUACUAUGUGGUAG